AUGGUAUCAUCUAACUGGACCUCAGUGGAGGGAUUUGUGUUGUUAGGAUUCGGAAUUGGGCCGCACAACAGAUUGCUACUCCUCAUCUUUUUCACCAUUCUCUAUGUGCUCACCUUGGCUGAGAACAUCACCAUCAUUAUUUUGGUGCUUCUGGACAUCCACCUGGGCCAACUACCUAUGUACAUUCUGCUGAGCAACUUCUCCUGGUUAGAAAUGUGCUAUGUCUCCACAACGGUGCCUCGCAUGCUCUUUGAUUUAGCAGUCCCUGGUGGCAUCAUUUCCUUCAACGCGUGUUUCAUCCAGUUCUACGUCUUCUUCUCCCUGGGCUGCACUGAAUGUUUUUUCCUCUCGACGAUGGCUUUGGAUCGGUAUGUGGCCAUCUGCCGCCCACUGCACUACUCAAAUAUUAUGUCUCACAACUUCUGCUACCUGAUGGUGGCUCUUUGCUGGAUUGUUGGCUUUCUGUGGUAUCUUGUUCCAGCAAAGUUGAUCUCCAAGUUGUCCUUUUGUGAUGCCAAUGUCAUUGACCACUUCUUGUGUGAUCCUGGCCCAAUCCUAUCCUUGGCCUGCCCUCCACUUGGAAAAGCUCCCAUUUUCAGCCAGAUUUGUCUUAAUGGCCUGCUCAUAGGCAAUAUCUCCUUCGUCGUGGUCUCCUACACCACUGUGAUUUUCACUCUAGCAAAGACCUCCGACAGUCUUAGGAAGGGCUUUUCUACCAUCUCUUUCCAUUUAAUUGUGGUCUCACUUUUCUAUGGCUCAGUGGCAGCCAUGUAUUUAUUACCAGGUGGGGAAAGCCAAUUGGGAGUCACAAAGUCGGUGACUCUCUUUUAUACCGCCAUUACACCCUUUCUCAAUCCUUUGAUCUACUGUCUGAGAAACAAUCAAGUGAAAGAAGCACUUGGCAGAUUGCUAAAGAGAAAGGGGACACUGAUAUGGAGUAAGUGA